AUGGCUCUCAUUGGUGAACGAAAACGCAAGCUAAACCUUUCCAUCGGUUUGCCGGAACUUGCCGUCAAACGUAGUCGUUUCGUUCCCUACUCCGUUUCUGCUACUACUACUGUCUUCAGCACAACCGCCUUGUUUUCUUCUUCUUCUUCUUCGGAUACCAAUAUCUCUGAACUUGAUUUUGAAAAGAUUCAAGUUCUUGGCCAUGGAAUCAGCGGUACUGUCUACAAAGUCUGCCACAAAGCCACUUCAAACCACUACGCUCUCAAAGUCGUUCAUGGCGACUCCAACCCUGAAGUGCGGCGCCAUCUCUUACAAGAGAUCGACAUACUCCGUCGUACGGACUCUCCUUGCGUCGUUUGCUGCCACGCUGUGUUCGAGAAACCCUCCGGCGACGUGUCGUUUCUGAUGGAGUACAUGGAUUCCGGCUCACUCGAAACCGAGUUGAAAAGCCAUGGAAAAAUGUCCGAAUCCAAGAUUGCUGACGUGGCUCGCCAAGUCACCAAGGGACUGCACUACCUCCACUCCAAGAAGAUCGUUCACAGGGAUAUCAAGCCGGCUAAUCUUCUGGUGAAUAGCAAGAAGGAGGUCAAGAUCGCAGAUUUCGGAGUGAGUAAGAUCAUAGGUCCCACAUUGGAUGCAUGCAACUCUUUCGUCGGGACUUGCGCUUAUAUGAGUCCCGAACGGUUCGACCCUGAAAAGUAUGGUAAUGGUAGAGGAAACUACGAUGGUUAUGCAGGGGACAUAUGGAGUCUUGGUGUAACCCUAAUGGAGCUCUACAUGGGUCACUUCCCUCUGUUGCCUGUGGGUCAGAGACCCGACUGGGCUACCCUGAUGUGUGCUGUUUGUUUCGGAGAAGUGCCCGGUUUGCCGGAGAAUGUGUCGGAGGAAUUUCGGAGUUUCGUGGAUUGUUGCUUGGACAAGGACUCCACCAAAAGAUGGACGGCAGCACAGCUAUUGACACACCCGUUCUUGUGUCACGAUUCAGUAUCUGUCUCUUAA